AUGCUGGUGAUCCUUUCCACGGAGAAAACUGUGAUGUCUUUUGUGAGCUGUUUUGCACAGAUGUAUUUCAUUCUUCUUUUUGGUGGGACUGAAUGUUUUCUCCUGGGAGCGAUGGCUUAUGACCGAUUUGCUGCAAUUUGCCAUCCUUUGAACUACCCAGUGAUUAUGAACAGAAGAGUUUUCAUGACAUUAGUAAUAUUCUCAUGGGUCUCAGGGAUCAUGGGGGCUACUAUGCAGACCACAUGGGUAUUUAGUUUUCCUUUCUGUGGCCCCAACGAAAUUAAUCAUCUCUCCUGUGAAAUUCCAGCAGUGCUAGAUCUUGCAUGUGCAGACACAUUUUUGUUUGAAAAAUAUACUUUUACAAGCACCAUUUUGAUUGGUGUGAUUCCUUUCUUGUUGAUACUCUUGUCUUAUAUUCGAAUACUUUUUGUGAUCCUGAAGAUGCCAUCAACCACUGGGAGGCAAAAGGCCUUUUCCACCUGUGCCUCUCAUCUCACAUCUGUGACCCUCUUUUUUGGUACGGCCAACAUGAGUUAUUUGCAACCCAAAUCUGGCUACUCACCAGAAACCAAGAAAGUGAUUUCAUUGUCUUACUCACUGCUUACACCUUUGCUGAAUCCACUUAUCUACAGUUUGCGCAACAGUGAGAUGAAGAGAGCAUUGAUGAAAUUAUGGCAAAGAAAAGUGUUUUUACAUGUAGUCUAA